GGGUUAUUAUUAUUUCAAAUGAAACCAGCCCUCGAGGCGUUGAUAAACGAAGUCAAGGAAAGCACAUCUCCAAAGAUUUCAUAUAUUUUUAAGUUGUACCAUGCUGUCUCCGGGCCAAAUCGUGCUCAAAGUCGCGUUCUCUGUGGUCAUCCUGUUCGGUACUCUCGGCAACCUUCUCGUCUGUUUGGUGGUCAUGCUGAACAAGUCUACGCGGACUUCCAUGAACUAUCUCCUCGUGAACUUGGCCAUAUCCGAUAUGAUAUUACUCGUGUUUUUCAGUCCCUCCUUCGUGUUCCGGGAUGCCUUUACGCAUCCUUCAGGUGAAGCUGGAGAUCUGUUGUGCGUCUUUAUCACGGGCGAGACGUUUGCAUGGGUGGCGGGUUAUGCGUCGGCGGCUUUUCUCAUUGCUAUUGCGAUUGAACGAUACUACGCUACCACAAGGCCGCACAGCUACGGCUCGUCUCUCAUCAAAAGGCGCCUGAAGGUCGUAGUGGUGGGAUGUUGGGUCUGGGCACUAGUAUGGAAUUGCAGUGGAUUCAAGACGAAAUUCUACAACGAGAAGUUCGACUCUUGUGACAUGGCAUGGGAAACAGAAUACUCCUUUAGAAUCUACGCCGCGAUGUCAUUUUUCGCAGUUGGGAUUUUUCCAAGUUUGACGAUGAUUCUGUUAUAUUCUAAAGUGGUUUAUUCCAUAUGGUUUGAUCAAAAUGUAACCCAAAUUGUCCGUAAUGCAGAAAGACAUAGAAAGCAGCGGAAACGAGCAACUAAAUUGGCGCUGUCCGUUAGCGCCCUAUAUGCAGUUUGCUGGCUUCCGGAAUUGACCAUAUUUGUCCUCUCUGCUUUCGCGCCUGAAAUGGUCGCGGGAAACAUCGCAUACCCGGCCUCCGUUGCCAUGGUUUCCUUGAACUCUGCUGCAAACCCAUUAAUAUACGGUCUCAGCAGUAACCGGAUUGGCCGCGAAAUGGCACGACUCAUUUGCUUCUGGAAAAGAAGUGUUGGCGAUAAAGGGGCAAGUACCGAACACGAAUUAGACAGGACAGGAGUCAAUAAGAGGGGAGGACGGAACAAGGUGUCUACUGUUGAUGAGAAUAUUGAUCUAUGAAAAAUACAGUCACUCAAAUCAAAUAGAUUAUAGGAGACUGGGACGAGGGCGCGUGAAUGCCUGUGGUAGUGAUAAAUGAGUGCUCCUGGGGCUAAUUAAAAUGGCUGCCACGCUCGAAAGACUGAGGAAUACAGGAUUCUUCUGACAGGUUCUUGUUGAAUUUCGGGUUUACCGAACCUUAGAUUUUAAAUAAAAUAAUAGCCGGUUAAAAGGCAUAAAA